UGCCCCCAGGGAAAGCCGAGGCUACCGUGAAAGCGCAGACCCUGACUCCCUCGUCGCAUGGAUCGUAGCGCAGAGUUCAGAAAAUGGAAGGCGCAGUGUCUGAGCAAAGCGGACCUCAGCCGGAAAGGCAGUGUGGACGAGGAUGUGGUAGAGCUUGUGCAGCUCCUAAAUGGGCGAGAACAGUUUUUCACCACCAGUUCCUGCGCUGGCCGCAUCAUCCUCCUAGACCAGGGUAUAAAUGGUUCUGAGGUUCAGAAACAAAACUGUUGCUGGCUACUGGUUACACACAAACCCUGUGUGAAAGAUGAUGUGAUUGUAGCCCUAAAGAAAGCGAAUGGCGAUGCCAUUUUGAAAUUUGAACCACUUGUUCUUCAUGUGCAGUGUCGACAGUUGCAGGAUGCACAGAUUCUGCAUUCAGUGGCAAUAGAUUCUGGUUUCAGGAACUCCGGCAUAACAGUGGGAAAGAGAGGAAAGACUAUGUUGGCUGUCCGGAGCACACAUGGCUUAGAAGUUCCAUUAACCCAUAAAGGAAAACUGAUGGUGACAGAGGAAUAUAUCAACUUCCUGAUAAAGAUAGCAAAUCAAAAAAUGGAGGAAAACAAGAAGAGAAUUGAAAGGUUUUACAACUGCCUACAACAUGCUUUGGAAAAAGAAACUAUUUCUACGACCUCAUUUCCCAAAGAGAAAAUCAGAGAAAAAAAUAACUCAUCAUAUACUCACAAGAAAAAAAGAAACCCAGAAAAAGCAUGUGGCAAAUAUAUUACUGAAGAAAAUAAUAAAGAACUUGAAAAUGAUGAUCAUGAUGAUCCAGGAAUCAGUGUUACUAUCUUCCCUGAAGAUUACUGAGAUUUGGUUCUGAAGUGUCUUGGUACAAUAAUGUUUCUAAUAGAUAUUAUAAAGCUGCUCUUUAUAGGAGUAUUUUAGUUUGUUGAGUGUAUCAGCCUUUCAGAAAAACAAGAUUUAAUU